UCAUUUGAGCUCGUUCAGUGUGCUCAAUUACACAUUACACUAUAUUAUUUUGCUGAAUUCAUUUACCCUUGUGAACCCACAAUGGCCCUGGAAGCGAUUUGCGGCAUGGGUAAAAUGCCCUUCAUGCGGCGCUUCGAUGACGCACAGUCCGAGUGGCAGAAGGAGCAGCUUCGCGAGGCGACCAGUAAUUUUGAAAAUCCCUAUGAGCUGCAGGCGCCUCCCUUCGAAAGGCCCGCCGAGAAUCUGCCCAAAAUCCUGGCGCAUUGUGGCAUUCGCAUGGACUUUGACCACGGCACCACCACUCUGGGCUUCAAGUACCGCGGAGGAGUGAUUCUGUGCGCCGAUUCCAGAGCCACCUCUGGCCAGUACAUUGGAUCCCAGACGAUGCGGAAAAUAGUGGAGCUGAAUGACUAUAUGCUGGGCACCUUGGCCGGUGGAGCCGCGGAUUGCGUCUACUGGGAUCGGGUUCUGGCCAAGGAGUGCCGACUGCACCAGCUGCGCUAUCGGAAACGCAUGACCGUGGACACGGCUGCCCGGAUCAUCUGCAACAUAUCCACGGAGUACAAGGGCAUGGGUCUGGUGAUGGGCAUGAUGCUGGCCGGCUUCGAUGACGAGGGUCCCAAGCUGAUUUACGUGGACUCGGAGGGCAUGAGGUCCCAUGGUCAGGUCUUCUCCGUGGGCAGCGGUUCUCCAUAUGCCCUCGGCGUCUUGGACACCGGCUACCGGCAUGAUCUCUCCGAUCAGGAGGCCUAUGACUUGGCCAGACGGGCGAUUUACCAUGCCACCAGCAAGGAUGCCUACUCUGGCGGAAUCGUGCGUCUGUACCACAUCAAUUCGGAGGGCUGGCGAAAUAUCUGCAACACGGACUGCUCCGAUCUCCACGAUUCGUAUUGCUCAUCUGGUUGUCCGGGGAACGAGAAGGAUCCCCCAAACGAAGGUGGUCCUGAUAAGGAUACGCCCUGUUCCAGUGGCUGGACGAAGAAGAAAAUUACAGAAGACAAUUUGCAGACUAAGCUGGCAACGGUAUGAAAAUUAUGAAAUUAUUGGAGCAUAGAAACGUAUUAUGAAAAUUGCUGUGGUAGUAAAACUUCUGUGUUUGCAAACGU